AUGCUCCGCUCAGGCAUUCACGAGGAGAUGCUGAAAGAUGAUGUCCGUACCCGCUCGUACCGUGAUUCCAUUUAUCAGAACCGCCACAUUUUCAAGGACAAGGUUGUUCUUGAUGUCGGAUGUGGAACUGGAAUUCUCAGCAUGUUCGCUGUUCGAGCUGGUGCCAAGCAUGUAAUCGGAGUCGACAUGUCCUCGAUCAUCGAGAAGGCUCGCGAGAUCGUCGCCGCGAACGGAAUGGCGAACAAGAUCACUCUUCUCCAAGGCAAGAUGGAAGAAGUCGUUCUUCCCUUCCCUAAAGUCGACAUCAUCAUUUCCGAAUGGAUGGGCUAUUUCCUUCUCUAUGAAAGCAUGCUGGACACUGUUCUCUACGCUCGUGACAAGUACCUUGUGCCGGGUGGCAAGAUCUUCCCAGACAAGGCGACUAUCUAUCUUGGUGCUAUCGAGGAUGGCGAAUACAAGGACGAAAAGAUCGGAUUCUGGGACAACGUCUACGGAUUCGACUACAGCCCUAUGAAGGAGAUUGCUCUGACGGAACCUCUCGUCGAUACGGUUGAGAUGAGGGCACUCGUCACCGAUCCGUGCCCCGUUCUCACUCUCGAUCUCUACACCGUUACUCCUGCCGAUCUGGCAUUCAAGGUCCCUUUCCAACUCGUGGCAAGGCGAAACGAUUUCGUCCACGCCAUUAUCGCCUGGUUUGAUAUCGAUUUCACCGCAUGCCACAAGCCGAUCAGCUUCUCGACUGGGCCCCACGCCAAGUACACUCACUGGAAGCAGACCGUCUUUUACAUUCGCGACGUCCUCACUGUUGAAGAAAAUGAAGUUAUUACUGGUCAUCUUGAGAACAAGCCGAACGAGAAGAACAAGAGAGAUCUCGAUAUCAAGAUCAGUUACAAGCUGCAGACAGAGGACCCCACUCGGUACGCCGAGGGUGACUGCGAAUACAGAAUGUAA